GCGAAUGAACGAGACACAGAAGAAGAAAAUCGAAAUUGAGAGACAAGAAAGCAGCUGGCGAUCGAAAUCCUUUUCCUUUCUCUUAUAAAUUGAAAUUAGGUAUUGCGAUUGUUUCCGUCUUCGUCCAUGGCGGAUGGGUACUGGAACCAGGAGAGACACCACCAGCCUCCGAUGUCGUCGAACUCCCACGGUGGUCCUCUCAAACGUCCCCGUUCUGACUUGGGUCAUGAUAUGCAUGGUUACGUGUCACGGGAUGAAGAUCGAGGUAACCCUCAAGAUACAAGAACUAUUGGCUCAGCUUAUGACCUCUACCUCCAGAGUGUGCAAACGCCUUCUAUGCCAUCUGAAGAAGUUGGUCGGUUUAAUGGUGUUGGGAUGGGAAGACGAGGAAGUGACAGCGUGAUGCCUAGUCAGUCCAUGGGUGAGCUCAUGUCUGGGCGUGGUGGAAUCCUGCCUCCAGAUUUUGGGUCAAAUGGUCGAGCUUUGGGCUUUGGUCAACAAGAUUUAGCUGGUAGGCCUAGCCGGGAGCUGCUUCGUCUACCUCCAGAUGCAUCCAACACUCUUUUUGUUGAAGGACUUCCUUCUAAUUGCUCAAGGCGGGAAGUAUCUCAUAUAUUUAGACCCUUUUUGGGAUAUAAAGAAGUGAGACUUGUGACCAAAGAUUCAAAACAAAGGAAUGGAGAUCCUAUAGUUCUUUGUUUUGUUGAUUUUGAAAAUCCUGCAUGUGCAGCAACUGCUCGUACCGCCCUGCAAGGCUAUAGAAUGGAUGAAAAUGAACCUGAUUCCAAGAUUUUGCAAAUCCAAUUUUCAAGAAACCCAGGUCCAAGACCAGGGCAACGUGGAGGAAGGAGAUGAUGGUGAGUCAGUGUCCUUAGGAGUACUCUCACUCAAAGCAAUAGAGAUGUAUGAUAGACACAAAUGAGUUUGAUUGGAAUCUCAAGUCUCUCUCACACCCUCUCGUUUUUUCCACCACCUUGAUAGAUUUAGUGCAUCAUGAUCUUACUACUGCUAUUUAUCGAGCCCAAAAAACUUGUUGCAGUCCUUUCCUUUGUAUGUGUGGGGAUGAUACGAUAUAUGAUUUUGAUAGUGUCCUCAAGGGAUUGCAUUUGUUCA